AGGAAUUUGUAAAUGAAACUAAUCAAAAUACUUAUUACUUGUUAGCGAUAAGUUAUCAAACAAGAAAACUAAAUGAAGCACAGCUUUUUUUAUUUUCCUAUAUUACGUAAACCAGUAGACAUUGGUGCCCAUAUUUGAUCUUCUUAACUUAGGAUUAAUUGUACUCAGGUACAUAUGUAUUACUUGAGCACAUAAAUGUCUGCAUAUGAUCAAGUGUUUUAUUGACUAUCCCAACCAGCAAACAUUAACGAUAAGCUUAUCAAGCCUGUUCUUUGUUUGUUUCCAAUCCAAACGUUCCCAAUAACACUUAACAUGUUUUGAAUAAAAUAAAGUACUUUGUUCCGUCCAGUCGUUGGGUCACGUUGAUUCCACCCGAUUAUCUACAUAAUUUUAGUAAGCUCCUGAGUCUGCUCACUGCAAGACAUACAAUUAGCACGCUCUAAAAACUUCAUGAUGAGGUCAAAAACCAUGCUGGCAUCUUUUUUGGCGAUCUUGGUGACUAGCUCUUGUGUAGAUUUUACAAACGGAGAAAAUAUUCUAUUUUUCUGGGCAGUUUCAGGCUAUAGCCAUCGAAUUACAGUGUGGCCGCUAGUGGAGGCUUUAGUGGAGCGGGGUCAUAACGUGACAUUCUUCUCGCCUCUCCCGUCUAAAAAUCCUAAUCCGAAAGUCCAUGAAAUGGUUGUCGAGAACCUUCUACGAGAUGCAGUUGUUGGCGUGGAUUUUGUUGGGGCGAGAGUCGCUGGUGGUGCUUCUGCCAUAGCCAAUAUAUGGUCCACGUAUUUUGAGUUUGCAAUAAAAAGCUGUCAAGUAAUUGUACAAAGUCAGGAGCUUGUGGAUUGGAUCAAUAACUCAAAAUACGAUCUAGUAAUUAUGAAUGGAAUGUUCAAUGAUUGUGCAUACAGUUUGGUACAUAAAUUCCAAGCGCCCCACAUUAUUUACGGAACAACCCACACGUUUGGUUGGUGGUCAGAGUCAUUCGGUUAUCCAGACGAAAAUUUUCCCGAAUUUCAAUACCACUUUCCAGAGAACAUGAACUUCUUUCAAAGUGUUCGGAACGCCGUGCAACCUUUGUAUUGGCAAUGGAGUCGCCUUUAUUAUAUGUUCCCAAAGUUGGAGAAAAUUCUUCGGGAUGGUCUCAAUAUGCCAGACAUGCCAUCAUUUGCAGAUAUCGAGCGUAAUGUUAGCCUGGUUUUCAUGAAUACACAUUUUUCUGAAGAAUACGCACGAUCCCUGCCCCCACUUUUUGUUCAGAUUGGAGGAAUGCAUUGCACUGAUAAAAUAAAACCGCUUGCAGAGGAUAUUGAGACAUUUAUCAACCUUUCGGAUACAGGAUUUAUCUAUUUUAGUUUUGGAACAUUUGCAAAUGUUACAAACCUGCCACAGCAAAUUGUUUCGUCAAUUUUUUAUGCCAUGGGAAAUACAACAACGGUUCAGUUCCUGGUAAAGUGGAGUGAUGAUUCUAUUACAGGGAUGAUUUUACCAAGAAAUAUUAAGCUGGUGAAAUGGAUAUCUCAACAAGACGUGCUAGCUCACCCAAAGAUUCGGGCAUUUAUUUCUCACGGAGGAUUGUUAGGGACGCAGGAGGCUGUGUACCAUGGGGUGCCGACAAUUAUAAUUCCUCUAUUCGCUGAGCAAGACUACAACGCUGAAAGGAUCCAAAUGCGAAAGAGGGGUGUGAUGAUUGAUAUUGGUAAUCUGACGCAAGAUAAUCUUAUGAGUGCAAUCCGAGAAAUUUUGGGAAACAAUUUGUAUGCUGAAAAUAUUAGGAAAGUUUCCAAAUUAUUCAGAGAUCGGCCAAUGAAGCCGGUAGAUACAGCGUUAUGGUGGGUCGAAUAUGUCAUGCGCCACAAAGAUGCUAGGCAUUUGCAACCCAUCGGACUAAAAAGGAGCUGGUUGGAACGAAGGAUGCUAGAUAUUUGGUUAUUCCUUGUCGGGUGUGGAAUCAUAGGCUUAAUUAUUAUAUUGACUCUUUUAAGAAAAAUCCAUAAACUUGUAUUUAGGACUGAUACUGCUAAAUCUAAAAAAGACUAAGUUAUUUAGGCUUCCCGAAAUAAAAUGUUUGAAUAUGUUUGACUAAUCCAAAGUCGGGUUAUAAUUUUGCUUAAAUAAAUGACUGAUCCAACCGA